AUGAAAUUCUCUAUUAUCACUACUAUUGCAGUAACCAGUUUGAGCGUUGUUCGUGCUGGAAAUCACACAGAGGUUCCACCAGCUCCAGCAACUGACACUUCUGAAAUUCCUUGCGAAACUACUUCAGAGGUACCACCACCAGCUCCACCAGUUCAAAAUACCACUGCUCCACCAGUCGUCCCAAAGACGGAAACCACUGAAAUUCCAUGCGAAACAACUUCCGAAGUCCCACCACCACCUGCUCCACCAAUCAAAAACACCACCGUUCCACCAAUUGCACCAAAGACUGAAACAACUGAAAUUCCAUGUGAAACUACUGUCGUUCCACCAGCACCAAAAUUCAACAGUACUGUUCCAGUUCCUCCACCAUCCAAGCCAACAACUCCAUCAGUUCCAGGUAAACCAACCCCAGUGAUCCCAAAGAACACCACAGUUAUCACAGCCACAUGUAGUUCUUGUGCUCCAGGUAGCCCAGGUAGCCCAAGCAGCCCAAGCAGUCCAGGUAGCCCAGGUAGCCCAGGUAGCCCAGGUAGCCCAGGUAGCCCAGGUAGCCCAGGUAGCCCAGGUAGCCCAGGUAGCCCAGGUAGUCCAGGUAGUCCAGGUAGCCCAGGUAGUCCAGGCAGUCCUAUCACGACUCACAAUAACAUUCCUCCAGCUCCAACAGGUCCUGGCGGUUCUCCUGGUAAAGGAUGUGGUCCAGGUAGCAACUGCAGCACACCACUAACAUACACAGAGAAUGGUGCUGGUAAAUUGGGUAGCAAUAUCGUCGGAGCCGGUUUGGCUGUUGUUGGUGCUAUGCUAUUGUAA